AUGUUACGUGACCAAAUUGUAUUUGGUAUUACUGAUGCUAAAACUAGAGAAAGACUGCUCAGAGAACCUGAACUAACAUUGGCCAAGUCAGUUUCGGUCUGUCAUAGUGUAGAGGCAGCACGUCGGCAUGUUAAAGCAUUGGACACUGUCGGUGCAUCAUCAGCUGAUGCUGCAUCUGUCGCUUUCGUGUCGAAGAAGAAAUCAAGUUGGCACGGAACUCCAAAGUCGAAAACUUAUUCAACGUCACGCACCCAGGCUCAAAAGCAUGGUAAAGGGAGCGCUGGUGGUUCAAAGCAAAAACCUGCCAGAGGCCCAGGACCUGGAACUGGUGCAUGUACAAGGUGUGGCACAGUUCAUGAACAUUCAAAAGAACACUGUCCAGCUUACGGCAAAGAUUGCAUGAAGUGUUCUAAGCCAAAUCAUUUUGCUAAAUUCUGCAAAACGUCAAGCCGUGGUGCACCAAACGUGUCGUUGGUACAACAAUCACAGGGAGAGUUCUUUGAUAAUGAUAUUGGACCAGAUGACCUAUUCAUUGGCACAGUUCAUGUCACAAACCAGGACAAUGUCAUCACAGAUGAUGUUGUCACUGACCCAAUUGCUGUAGUCACAACCAAAGACACCGUCAAGGAUGAAACAGUUGAGGAAAAACCCAUCAAUUCAGUCGAAGUCACCACCGGAGACAAAGUAACAUCCGGAGAGGAGGUCACAACCGGAGACAAAGUCACAACCGGAGAUGAUGUCUCAAAGGGACAAUCAGUUGAUUCCAUCAAUGUGAAGGACUUGUGGACAGUACCACUAGUGGUGAACGAUAUGGUACUGCCAAUGGUGUUGGACACAGGAGCCAAGGCCAACCUGAUCACCUCCGCGGAUUUCAAGACUUUAAAAAACAAACCCAAGGUUUUUCACAACAAUGUAAAUCUAACUGCUUACAAUGGCACUGCAAUCCCAAACCAAGGUGUUUGUAGACUAAACAUUAAGCAUAGGAAUAAAAGAUUCCAAAUUUUGUUUGUGAUUGUGCCUGAGGGCAAAUCAUUGCUGGAUUGCAAGGCCUGUGAGCACUUAGAUCUGAUAAGAAGGACGCCAGUCCCCCAGGUUGUACAGCAUGACGAGAGUGAUUGUAGAAAUGAUGAGAUUGGUACAUUACCAUUUGAGUAUGAUAUCAAGCUUAAGGAAGGCUCUGAGCCUGUGAUACAUGCCCCAAGAAAGGUACCCAUGCCGAUAAAACCUGAUGUUCGUGAAGAACUUUUUAGAAUGGUCAAAUUGGGUGUACUUCAGCACACUGAGGAGCCCACAGACUGGGUUAACUCAAUGGUAGUGAUAAAAAAACCCAAUGGCAAGCUCAGAAUAUGCAUGGAUCCUAAAGAUUUAAACAAAUGUAUCAAAAGAGAGCAUCACUAUCUUCCAACAAGGGAAGAUAUUUCCAGUGAAAUGGCAGGGGCUAAGUACUUUUCCAAGCUAGACUUAUCUCAAGGUUUUUGGCAAAUCCCCUUAAGUAAAGAAAGUGUCAAACUUUGUUGCAUGAAUACCCCUUUUGGAAGGUUCUCCUUCAAAAGGCUUCCAUUUGGCCUGUGUUCUGCUCCUGAGGUCUUCCAAGCAGCUAUGGAAAAAGUGUUGGAAGGUCUGGAUGGGGUAAAAGUAGUCAUAGACGACAUACUGGUUUGGGGAAAUACCAAAGAAGAACAUGAUGAAAGGUUAAGAAAAGUAAUGGAAAGAAUCAAGAUGUACCACCUGAAACUCAAUCAUGAAAAAUGUCUCAUCUGUCAGACAAGUCUCUCAUUUGUAGGUGACCGGUACUCAGAAAAUGGCAUUGAGCCAAUGGCUGAAAGAGUUGAGGCAAUUACAAAAAUGCCACGCCCACAAGACAAAAAGUCACUACAGAGACUGUUAGGUGUGUUUAAUUAUGUAGGUAAAUUCAUACCAGGUCUCUCCCAGCGCAAUCAGUCACUCCGGUCUCUGCUACAGGACAAAAAUGAAUGGUCCUGGGGCCCUGAACAUGAAAAAGAAUGGGCUGAUUUGAAAAACUGUCUGAUCAAGAGCCCAGUACUGGCCUAUUUUGAUGCUAAACGUGACACAAAGGUCAGUGCAGAUGCCUCAAAAAAUGGCAUCGGAGCAGUGUUGCUCCAAAAACAUGACGCAAAUUGGCGCCCAGUUGCCUAUGCCGCUAGGUCAAUGACCCCGGCAGAGGAACGCUAUGCACAGAUUGAGAAAGAGUGCCUGGGAUUGGCUUAUGCAUGCCAGAGAUUUGAUGAAUAUAUCUAUGGUCUCCCAACUGUUCAAUUGGAAACAGAUCAUAAGCCUCUCAUUCCGAUCUCACAAAAGAGCCUAAAUGACAUGCCAGCUCGAGUGCAGAGGCUCAUGAUCAAAAUCCAAAGGUAUGAUGUGGAAUUUGUCUACACUCCGGGUAAAUUUUUGUACAUACCUGACACACUGUCAAGGGCAGGUUACUCUCAGACUGGUAAAACAGAUGAUUUGAGUAAUGAGGUUAAACAUCACAUAAAUAUGGUGUAUUCCAAUAUCUCAGCCAGUGAGGAGCAAUUAGACAAAAUUGCAGAAGCCACAGCAAGUGACCCAGUCUUGACAGUUGUCACUAGUAAUCUUGAAAAGACAGUCUGGGCCAAAGGGUCAGCCAGUGCAUAUUUUCCUUAUAGACAUGAGUUGACAAUGAUCAAUGGUAUUCUAUUUAAGGGAAACAGGAUUAUUAUUCCUACCAGCAUGAGACAAGAAAUGUUAGGCCGCCUUCAUGAAGGGCACUUGGGGACAGAGAAAAUUAAAUCCCUGGCUAGAAACAGUCUUUUUUGGCCCAGAAUGGCUGAGGAUAUAGACAGAAUAACAUCAGAAUGUAGCAUUUGUCAGAAGUUCAAGUACAAGCAACAGAAAGAAAACCUGAAGGUGACGUAUGAUCAAAUUGGGCCAUGGGAAAGAAUUGGCUCUGAUCUAUUUGAGUUGGGUAACAAAGAUUACCUAUUGGUCAUUGACUACCACUCAAAUUUCCCUGAAGUUGUAAAACUCAGCUCAACCAGUUCACCAUCCGUGAUUAGACAUCUGAAGUCUAUCUUCAGUAGACAUGGUAUUCCCAAGAUUGUAGUCACAGAUAAUGGACCACAGUAUGCCAGCUUCGAGUUCAGGGAAUUUGCAGGUCACUAUGGAUUUAAACACAUAACUUCAUCACCAGUAUAUCCCCAGAGUAAUGGGAAAUCUGAAAAGGGUGUUCAGAUUGUUAAGAGGUUGCUAAAGAAAGCUAUUGAGAGUGGUCAAGACCCAGAACUGGCACUAUUGCAAUAUAGGUCAGCACCCCUGAAAUGUGGAAAAUCCCCAGCUGAACUCCUGUUUAACAGACAGUUGAAAACAAGAGUACCAAGAGUCAACAAAACUGAGCAAGACUCGCAACUGGGUGAAAAUAUGAAAUCUCUCAAAGUUCAACAAAAAGCUCAGUAUGACAAAUCUGCCAAAGAUUUGGUCCCAUUAGUAUCUGGUGAUGUUGUUCGUCUCAGGUUUCCGCCAAAUAGUAAGGAAUGGAACAUCAAGGCAAAAAUUGUAAGGGAGGUAGCUCCCAGGUCUUAUGAGAUUGUAACAGAACAAGGGAAGGUGUAUAGGAGAAAUAGAAGACACCUACUGAAAACAAAGGAAUUGUAUGUUCAGGAACAAACAGGGCUGUCGGAUGAAUCUUAUGCCAGUAUCUUCAACCAAGUUGAUAAAUUGUCAACAAAUUCACUGCCAGCUGUGGUAGACUCUCAGGUUCAGGAAACUGCCCAGGUUGUUCCAGGACUUCUCUCAAGUAGUCCUCAGAGUACUAGUAGUCCUCAGAUUACAAGGCGUUCUGCUAGAAUCAGCAAGCCUCCAACAAGACUUAUUGAACAGAUGUGA